CGUCAUAUCUGGGCGACUCUGCUUCUUGUCAUUUUUUUUUUAAGUCAGUGAAACCACGGAGCUAAAUCAUCGAUAAUGUUCGCUGGUAAAUAAUUUACGGAGAUGCAUCCAAGCCGAAACAUAAACGGUGCUCACACCCCCGGAGUGUACCCCCCCAUGUUCCUUCGUCAGCUGAGCUCCUUCAGCUCCUCCUUCCUUCCUCGCGGGCGUCCUUCUCUCUGCAGGGCUGCUGGCUUCAGGAGCAGCAGCGCCUCCUCCUUCCCGCGUUGCACCCCCGCUCCUCAUCCAUGGUGCUCGGUGCGGGGAUUUCCCCCCCGGCCUCCUGGACUCCCCCGCUGCCACCCAGCUGCCCAACGGGUCUUCUCUGGUCGGACGUUACACCCUCGGAGCAUCAGCCCGGGAACCUUUGGCGGUAGCCGGCAUCCGUUCUCCACCUCUGCCGGCCUCAGGAUGGAGCAGCCCGACAGAGAGCCUCCUCACAAACGGAGAAAGAGUGCGGAGGAGAGGAGGAGCGCAGAAGAAACCAAACACCACGGAGGAGGGCACGGGGCGACGGCAGGCAAGGCCAAGGACGGAGGCUCCAAGAAGGAGCACCAUCACCGGGACUCCAGCACAGACAGCCGCCCUCGACCACACCACGGCUUCAAAGACGGAGGUAAAGACAGAGGGAUGAAGGGAGCUGGAAAAGGCCCCGGUUGGACACACUGCAGAGACAAAGACGUAGUAAGGACUAAAACUGGGAAUAAGGACUCACAGCCUCAAACUCCCAAGUCGAAACAGGAUAAAGUUCCCAUGCACAGACCCAACCCCUGGUUCAAAGGCGGGGCUGCAGAGGAGCGGGGGGGGUGCUGUGAGAGGAAUACAAACCCCCCCCCACCAGAUGGACAGUUCAGGGACAGACAGAGUGAUGGAGGGCCGUGGACGGGGCUUCUGUCCCAGCAGGGAGCCGGAGCCAGCAGGCAGCCUCCUCCAACUGGAACCUGUCCACCCGUUGGACAACAGGAAGACGCGAAACCAAGGAAAUCUCUUCAGAGACACUGGGAGACCUUGUCUGUCUGCAGCGCCGACACCCAACCACCAGGGGACAGCACAGCGUUUGACUUCUCAGUGAUGUCCUACAACAUCCUGUCUCAGGAUCUGCUGCAGGACAACGCCUACCUGUACCGACACUGUCAGCCUGGUGUCCUGCCGUGGGACCACCGGCUGCCCAACCUGCUGGCCGAGAUCCAGCAGUACAACGCUGAUAUUUUGUGUCUUCAAGAAGUCCAGGAGGACCAUUAUGAAAACCAGAUUAAACCUGCUCUACAGACACUAGUUUACCAUUGUGAGUACAAGACGAACCGAGGAACCAGAUGGUGUGCUGUUGUCUUUAAUCCUCCCUGUCACUACUCUCGAUCAUAUCCGUUGAUUAUCCGCCCGGCGACGUAUCUCGACCGGGAAAAGUUGGAGAUGAUUGUGCUCCUGCAACCUAUUGACACCAUGAGCCAAUCAGAUCCCUCCGGCUUCAUCUGCGUGGCCAACACUCACCUCCUGUACAACCCUCGGCGCGGCGACAUCAAACUGGCCCAGCUGGCCAUCCUACUGGCCGAGAUCAACCGGCUGUCCCGCCUCCCAGACGGGGCGACCAGUCCGGUUGUGCUGUGUGGGGAUUUUAACUCGACACCACGGAGUCCGCUGUACAGCUUCCUGACCACAGGCUGCCUGGAAUACAGAGGGCUGCCGAACAGCAUGGUGUCUGGUCAGGAGAACAGUCCCAGAGGACAGCGUCUCCUCACGUCUCCGCUCUGGUCUCCCACUUUGGGAAUUAACCACCAGUGUCAGUACGAGAACAAACCGGCCGCUGAGCCGUCCUCCAGCAGCUCUACAGCAGUAGAAGGAGCGAUCUCUAAUCUGACUGUAGAAGAUCUCGCCACCAAAGCUGCUGUUGCUUUUAACAGUCUUCCCUCAAUGUUCAAUUCACCUGACAAAAAAACGAGUGUCUUUUUGGAGAUCGAGCACAGCAUGAAGCUGCAGUCGUCCUACCAGCACCACCUGAAGCCUGACGGGAGACCUGAGAUCACCACCUGCCACUCCCGCACGGCCACGACUGUGGAUUACAUCCUGUACACUCCUGAAUUCAUCACACCUUCACUUCCUGGUGGGCGGCGCCUCCAACUGCUGGGCAGGCUGUCAUUGGUUGGUGUCUCGGAGAUGGAGGAAGUCAACGGCCUGCCCAACCAGUACCACUCGUCCGAUCACCUCCCUCUCCUCGCCCGCUUCCGCUUCCGGCGCUGAGCCGGGCGUCCCUGGACAGCCAAUCACAGCUCUCGCAGCACGAUGCCUCAACAGCGCCGCUCAGGGACGACGGAAGCGCUUAUCGAUGGAAGUAAAACCAAAUUUAUCCAAAUAAAGUUCAAAAUUUCUGAAACGCACUGAAACAGGACUAACAGCACACAGCUGUGGAGCACAGGUGCAUUUAUUUGGGUGGUUGAGUUACAAACCUUCUUUAAAGCAUUUGUCCUUUAACUUGAACCACUUUAUUAUUUGUAAUAUCUUAAAUACACUUAAAUAAUAAUUCAGUUAGUGGGUGCAAUGUGGUGGAAGCGUUUGCUAAAGUACAAAUACUUUAUUGGAGCAUGUCUAAAUGUUGUCUGAAUGCCAACAUUUUACUAUUGUUCUGCAUUUAUUGCAAACUUUAGAAAACCUUAUUUUAAUUUUGAAAAUCUGGUUUCAUAACUUUCACAGAGCAGGACGACACUUCCCUGUUUUAUCCCUGCUUAGCAGUUCAGUGUAGCAAUGAAAAAGAAAAACGAAUGUUAGAAACAUCAAAACAGUCAUACUUCACAAGGAAAACUAACUUUUAAGUUUAAUUCUUGUUUGCGGUAAAAUGAAGUUCCACUAGGUAUAUCAUGUGAAUCUAAGAUGGGAACGUUUUUUAAAGCCUGGACAUCACUACUCGGAGUGAAAGUGCUGCUGAUGAGGAGUCGGCCAUGAUAGAGGGGCAAGAGAUUAGUCAACGAAUCAAUCAGUCGAUCGACAGAACAGUUACCUGCAGCCAGAGUUGGAUAAUCGUUUAAAGCGUCUUAUCAUGCAGGACACGCAGUUUUCAGACCCUCAAACGUGAAGAUUUUACUGCUUUUCUUUGUUAUAUAUUAAACUGCAUUUAUUAGGGUUGGAUUGACAAAACAAGACAUCUAAAGACUUGUAGAAACUGUGGUGGACAUUUUAUGGACCAAAGGAGGAGAAGAUUAGAAUAGAAUACGUUUUAUUGUCAUUGGACAGCAGCUGUCCAGCGAAGGGUUUCUGCAUCUCGCCCUGACAGUACCCUCAUAGAGACAAAAGACACUAAAUAAAAACAUAAAUAUAGUAAAUACAAGCAUAUAUUAAACCAUUGAUUUAGAAAAUAAUUGUCAGAUUAAGCGAUAUUGACAAUAAUUGUUGGAGCCUUAACAUUAAACCCCCCCCCCCCCCCCUCUCCUCACCCUAUUCAGACAAACAUUUGAUUCUGAAAAACACAGAGUGGUUCUCUCAUCUUUCAAGUUUCAGACAAAAAAAAGUAUGACAGUUGAUGAAAAAUGAACCGGCUAGGGUGCCAUUCCUUUAAAGAUGCUCUAAACGAUGUCACGCGGGAUUUAGACUACAACAUGUGUUGUCACAUACAGCAAACAUCUCUCCCUAUCUGCUAGCUGCCUGUCCCCUGAACACACUGUAAAAACAUCUCCUCACUAUCUGCUAGCUGCCUGUCCCCUGAACACACUGUAAAAAACAUCUCCUCACUCUCUGCUAGCUGCCUGUCCCCUGAACACACUGUAAAAAACAUCUCCUCACUAUCUGCUAGCUGCCUGUCCCCUGAACACACUGUAAAAAACAUCUCCUCACUAUCUGCUAGCUGCCUGUCCCUUGAACACACUGUUAAAAAACAUCUCCUCACUAUCUGCUUGCUGCCUGUCCCUUGAACACACUGUAUAAAACGCGGUCUCUGUAGACAGCCCAGGGUCUACAAACAGCAACAAAAACAAUCUGUGCCCGCCUGCACCACUAAGCAUACACACACAGCGUUCCAGCCAAAACUGAGAAGAAGGAUUUGGGGGUGGGGGGGUUAGUGUGCUAAAGCACAGAAGGAAGGGGAUGGGAUGAGGAGGAGGGGCAAGCUAGUCUCGUUUUGUUUGAAAAAAAUUCAAACGUCAACAAGACGUAACGUCACCCAACAUCUCUUAGAGGACCUUUAAAAUCCUCCUCUGACUGACUGAGUGAUGGAGUCCAGACAUUUUCCUGCACCAUUCCAAGUUGCCCCUUUAUCAUUUGCCUUGGAAAUGAUUGAUUUUAUAUUGUGUUCUAUAAUUUAGGUUUUACCAAAUAUUUGGAAAUUUGAACUUGAGUAAUUUUUACGUGCAGACCCAAGCCAAUCAGGAGUAUGAAUUCAGUGCCAUCGGUGUCAACAAGUAUGUUAGGAUGAAACUUUUGGACAUUGUGCUAUGAUUUCAGACUUAAUACAUAAUCAACAAAUAACAAGCAGUGGAUUUAUUUUUUCUAACAUUUUGGAAAGAGAUUUUAGACGUGUUGUAAAUAAAGGACUUGUGUUUUUACACGUG